AUGCCUCACCGUCUUCCCCUUCCUCCUGAUGCCAUGGGGAAGAUCACUUACCUUGCUCCAGCUGGUAAAUAUUCUUUUAAGAGCUGGCAUGUACGUACACCUAAGCCAGCCGCAUCCAAACUUGCUGUGGAUACUCCUCUACUUAUGGGGCAGUAUUCCAACUCCGAUGAUGUCGUUUACAUUGGUUGUGGAGAAAGAGGAAAUAAAAUGGCUGAGGUGCUUAUGGACUUCUCACAAUUGUAA